AUGCCAGCAGCGGCGCCCGCGGCCGUCUCGACCGCGCACGUCAAUGUCGAGACGGCAUCGAGUCCCGACGCGUCGGCCUUGGAUUCGCUGCUCCCAUUACCUCGCCCCCGCAUCUCGCCCUCGCGGAGCGUGCCUAAUGUCUCGGCCGCAGCCGCGCCGUCGCCCUUCACCUCGGACGAGUCGCGCGCCCCGUCCCCAGCCAUCAUAUCCCUCACGGCCACGCCGCUCACACCGCGUUCGCGUCGUGUCUCUGCAUCAGCCUCAACACCAAUACGCACGCCUAGCCGGAAGGGCAAGGAGCGCGCCGUCGAGGUCGAGGUUGAAGCGGACGCACUCGGAGAGGUCAGCGUACAGGGCAACGCGCGGCGAGGACUGCGCGAGCUUGUCGCGCGUGACGAACGGCGACCCAUCACCAGAGACGUGGCGGACAUGCCUCCAGCAUCAGAUACCGUAUAUUCCCAUCCGAGGCGGUAUUACGUCCUCACGAACGCAGGGAAGCCCGUCUUCAGUAUCGGGCACACGGACGACGACACGCUCACCAACCUCAUGGGCGUGGUACAGGCGCUCGUCUCGAUCUUCGCCGAGGACGACGACAAGCUGCGUUCCGUCGUUCGUGGACGUACACGUAUCGCGUUCCUCAUCAAACCGGAGAUGUACCUCUUCGCCGUUAGCGAUUGGGGGGAACCGGAACAUGUUCUGCGCACGCAGCUCGAGUACAUCAACCUGCAGAUCCUGAGCGUCGUGUCGGCCGCGCAGCUCGCGCGCGCGUUUGCCCGCCGUUCAAACUUUGAUCUCUCGCGGCUACUUGUGGGAAGCGAAAAGUUCCUAUAUUCCCUCGUUGAGACGUGUCAGGAUGACCUGAGUUUUAUGACGACGACUCUGCAGCCGUUACGCAUGCCACCGGCGUUGCGCGAGAGCGCAGGCAACACUCUCACUCCCCCGGCCAAGUUCAAGGACCUACUAUACGUCCUCCUCAUCGCUGGCGGGCGGAUAGUCACGCUCCUCCGACCUCGACGACACGCCGUACAUCCCGCAGACAUGCACCUGCUGUUCAACACGAUCGCGACCUCACCAACAUUACGCGAGGUCGAGACGUGGCUCCCAAUCUGUCUGCCAAAGUUCAACCCGCAGGGCUUUGUACACGCGUACAUUUCCUUUAUCCGCGAGGACGUGGGCCUGAUCUUCAUCUCGGCGGAUAGAGACGCCUUUGAGCCUUUGUGCGGUUGGCGCGAGCUCGUGGUGGAGCAGCUCUCCCGCGACGGCGCGCUGGACCGCAUCGCAGCCUGCGUCAAGAGCCACCCAUACACCGUCGCCGAGCUUGGAAGUCCAGGCUUGCGACACUUUGUGUACAAGAACCGGGGGAUGGUGCAGAUAACAAGCCCAGAGUGGGAGGAGCCGUAUACCAAGGGCAGUGAAGCACGACGCCGCCUCGUCACUCUCUACCAGAAGGCACAGGAUGCCCUCUUCGCCCGCCCCGGCACUGGCCAGCCAACCCCGCUGAGGCUCCUGUACCUCUGUGGGCCACACGAAGCCGUCCUAGCCUGGCUCACUCGCCCAUUCGAGCUCUACGUCGCCGUCUCCCCUCACCUCCCCAUGAGCGCUGUCGUUGCGACCGCCAAUCGUGUCGCAAAGUGGGUUAAUCUCGAAGAGAGCCGUCUGUUCCUCCGCGACGCCCCCGUCUUCUAG